ACGAACGUAAUAAAUCACCCGGCUUCUCUGCUCCUUCUGAUUGGUCAAGUAGUGGAAUCCCCUCCCCCUCCACCAUCAAAACCCUAUUUCCGGCUGGCCGCGCACUGUGUGGCGGCGAUGGCCGACGGCAUCCUCUCGCCUGCCGUCCACCCGAACGGGCACUCCCCGGAGUUCGUCUUCGGGCACUACCGCGGCCGCCGCGCCGGCAUUGUGAAGGCCCUCACCGAAGAUGUGGAGGAGUUCUACCAGCAGUGCGACCCCGACGAGAAGGCCUUGUGCCUCGUUGGACUGCCUGAUGGGACCUGGGAAGUGAGUCAACUACCUGAGGAGGUUCCUGUUCAACUUCCUGAGCCAGUAUGUGGGAUAAACUUUGCUCGUGAUGUUACACCCAAGAAAGUUUGGCUAUCUAUGAUAGCUAUUCAUAGUGAUGCAUGGUUAAUGUCCAUAGCAUUUUACCACGCGGGUCGUGUCUCAUUUGACAGAGCUGGCAGGGAACAGCUCUUCAGGUUGAUCAAUCGUCUUCCCACUGUCUAUGAAGCUGUGACAGGAAGCUAUGAGAGGCAAGCACAGACCCCCAACGGCAGCAGGAAAAAUAAGUCCAGCUCCCAGCCACCAAACCAAUUCACUUCUAACUGCAAGCCGGUGACACCGGCCCUGCCGAUGCCCAAGGAAGAUUACUACGCCAAUUUCAACAGCUGGAAGGUAAUGGAGGACCGGCCAAUGCUCAAGGAGGAGGAUGGUGGCAAAGAGGGUGGGGGCGGCGAGGAUCAAGCUAUAACCAAGUGUGCCGGUUGCGACGAGAUCUACAGCGCUAACGACGGGCACCUAUGGAUUGGCUGCGACCACUGUCAGAGGUGGUUCCACGGCAAGUGUGUUGGCGUGACUACUGAGAUGGCGAACGGAAUCGAGGACUACAUGUGCCCUGGUUGCAGCUACAAAGCCACGACGAAAGCUUCUGACUCGAUAUAGCGGUGAUGAUGAAAGCUUCCGACUCGUGAUGGUGGUGACUGGUGAUGCUUGAACCAUGGGAAAUCUCUCAUUUCCCAACGAUGCUGUUUGCUCCGCUGUUGCGCUAUCUUGGUGACAUGUUAGGAUUUUGGCUGGUGAUGGGGACAGGAGGUGGCUUUGUACAGGCCGUUGGCUUGGGUUCAAACAUCCCAAUGUGGUGCUCCUUUUUUUGAAUUUUGACACCGUUUCAAAUCAAAAUCAUCUGAGGGGACAUAGUACGGGUAGUACUGUACUAUGUUGGUAGUAGUAUGAGUAGGCCAUCUGUUGCUUUC